CUGUGAUGCCAUUGUGAUGGUUUGAUACGGGGUAAUGCGACACACACACAUUCACACGCUCACAUGACGGAUCCCCUCUUUCUGUACUGUUGGCCAUCUCCAUCUUAACGACAGUCUCGCAUUGGAUUGUAUCUGGGUUGAUUGUUCAUCUGCUGUUGAGAUAGAGAACCUCCCUUACCCCAUUGCAGUCCCACCAGCAAUCUUCAACCGAAAGCAUCCGCGGGCAACUUUGUCGUCUAAUCGUCUAAUCCCCUAAUCAUGGCUCUCUCCCGAGUCUCCAGGACGUAUCGGGGAGGGGCCGUAGAUUAGAUAGGCUACAGCUACCAAAGGUGGUAAAACGACGAAGAAACCAGCUCCGGACAUAAAUCGGACAGUCAAGACAGUCGCCUGCCUCCCCCGACCUUGGCAUCACGGGAAAGCCAUCGCGAACGAGCCUUGGCCCAGACAAUCGCCGAUGGGCCAUGCCUGGACGGCCUGCAUUGACGGGAACUCAAAAGCCUAACCCCGACGGCCUGAACUGAAUCAUUUUGGCCAAACCCCUCAUGGGCUCGUCAUGCAGGCAGAACCGGCGGGAAGAGAGAUGGAGGAGGGGGGGCAUGUAAACACUUAGAUCCGGCACACAGACUACGGAGUACCGUACCAAGGAACUGGCCCCGGCUGCACCGGCUGGGUGGCCGUGGUUCGGUUUUCGUUCUCGGAAAGCCAUCCGCCGGUCGUCUCCUCGUUUGCUACGACACAUGGCCAGUUCGCUAGGAGACCGGAACAGCAGCGAGGUACAAGUACAUGUCUGUUGAUAUAGUUUCGUCGCCCAAUGACGUAACAUACUCUCUCACUCUCUCUCGUCUCCAAGAGUCCCGGCUGGCGUCGCCGUGUCAGUCGUGAUUUUACCCCGUUCCCAUCUACUUCCCAACUCACCUUCCACUAUGGCGGUCACUCUGGCGGUCGAUGACGGCCUGAGACCCCCGCUUUUCAAAAGUGUUUGGCAAUUGGGGCUGGGCUGGCGUAAGGUAUAAAAAAAAACCAGUAUGUAUGUACAGCUCAGCUCCCCGAACCCCCGAGGCUCUCUUCGCACAGGCAGCUUUCCCCUCCUUGCCGAGGGGGGGUAGGGGCGGGAGGGGAGAGCAAAGGUGGGGUUUGGAGAUAUGCGCCAAAAGACAACCGGGGCGGCGGCAGUUCUUGGCCCAUUUGCAUCUCGAACUGAUCCCCCCUCCUCUCUCCCUCCCCUUGAAAUAAAUACCCUACCCUGCCCAGUAAGCUAGGCUUAGUGUGUGAUUUCUCUUCCAUCAAGGUUCUCAUAAUCCCAUCGUCAAUCUUAAAGAAUCAGCAAUGUCUGCCACCGCAGGAAAGACCAUCACUUGCAAGGCUGCCGUCGCCUGGGAGGCCGGCAAGCCCCUGAGCAUCGAGGACGUCGAAGUCGCCCCGCCCAAGGCCCACGAGGUCCGCAUCGAAAUCUACUACACUGGUGUCUGCCACACAGAUGCCUACACCCUCUCCGGAAAGGACCCUGAGGGUGCCUUCCCCAUCGUCCUGGGCCACGAGGGCGCCGGAAUCGUCGAGUCCGUCGGCGAGGGCGUGACCAACGUGAAGCCCGGCGACCACGUCGUCGCCCUCUACACCCCCGAGUGCCAGGAGUGCAAGUUCUGCAAGUCCGGCAAGACGAACCUCUGCGGCAAGAUCCGCGCCACUCAAGGCAAGGGUGUCAUGCCCGACGGCACCUCGCGCUUCAAGUGCAAGGGCAAGGACCUGCUGCACUUCAUGGGCACCUCCACCUUCUCCCAGUACACCGUCGUCGCCGACAUCUCCGUCGUCGCUGUCCAGCAGGACGCCCCCAUGGACCGCACCUGCCUGCUCGGCUGCGGUAUCACCACGGGCUACGGCGCCGCCAAGAUCACCGCCAACGUCCAGGAGGGCGACAACAUUGCCGUCUUCGGCGCCGGCUGCGUCGGUCUCUCUGUCGUCCAGGGCGCCGUCGUCAACAAGGCCGGCAAGAUCAUCGUCGUCGACGUGAACCCCAACAAGGAGGAGUGGGCGAGGAAAUUCGGCGCCACCGACUUUGUCAACCCCACCCAGCUCGGCGACCAGUCCGUCGUCGACAAGCUCAUCGAGCUGACGGAUGGCGGCUGCGACUUCACCUUCGACUGCACCGGUAACGUCAGCGUCAUGCGUGCUGCCCUCGAGGCCUGCCACAAGGGCUGGGGUCAGAGCAUCAUCAUCGGUGUCGCUGCUGCCGGCCAGGAGAUUGCCACCCGGCCAUUCCAGCUCGUCACCGGUCGCGUCUGGAAGGGUUGCGCCUUUGGCGGCGUCAAGGGCCGCUCCCAGUUGCCCGGCCUUGUGGCGGACUACCUUAAGGGCGAUCUCAAGGUGGACGAGUUCAUCACCCACAGGAAGACGCUGGGCGAGAUGAACAAUGCGUUCGAGACCAUGAAGCAGGGCGACUGCAUCAGAGCCGUAGUCGACAUGCGCAAUGAAAUCGAUAUCCUUGGCAGACCGCGCGAUUCCAAACUGUGAAGCCAGGCGGACGGGCGAGACGGUCGACGACGACGACGACGACUGCGGCGAGUUGGAACCCCUCGGCCUGUCCAUACGAGCGAUGCCGCGAUGAAUGUCAAGAGCAAUGCAACAUUUGUGUCGUCAAUUCCCGAUCUUCCCGAUUCUCAUACAAUUGAUGUGUGCUUUUGGGUGCUUGUACCGAGGUUCUAGACCGUCGUCCAUGCCCAUGUGGAACGGGCCCAGUAGUCGGUAGGGUCUUGUGCAAUGUGGCGCACCUGCAGGCUCACAUUUCCGUCCUGGCUAGAUCCUGGGGGGGAGCACAUCGACUGCGGGUUAGCGCUCCUUACAGGAGGAGGAGGCCUUGCUAAGGGAGGAAGGGACAGCUUCUUGCUUCGGUAAGUCCAGGCGAGCGGUGCAGACUAUCGUGAGUGAGUGAAGCUCGUCUUACAGCAGUUCACCCAAGCGAGCACAUUGCCAAGGGUAUGCCCACCGAAGUUGCUCUUCCUUCAUCCUUCAGUGCAGCACGACGCGAAACUCCACGGGGCCAUGCUUGGCCACGGGAACAAGCUGCAUCGCCUCUUCGGGAGUGAUCGAUGAAGUCAAAACGAUGAUUCCAACUACAGCUCAGUGAUAUCGGAUUGUCAGCGUGUCGAACUGGCGUCCCGUACCGACGCCGGGAAGGUGUGAGCUGAUGCCGGAACCCCUAGCAAAAGAAAACAUGCGCCGCGCCCCCGACAAACGUUAUCCCAUUGUGAGUUGCAUGUACCCGGCAUCCGCAUGUCUUUGUCUCCUCCUGUUGGCUCGGCUGAGACAUGGCUGUCUCCCUCUUGAUAUGGCUGCCUCCUGACCCUGCCUCCGGGCUGUCGUUUGGGAUGCGCUCCUUCAAAGGACCAUUGACCACUGUCUUGGAAACUAGUGGACGGCAGCCUCGCAGCAUGUCUCGGAGCUCUGCGGACGCAUAUUAGGUUCGCUGCAGGUAGUACUGACCUGUCGUGCCCCCUCGCCUCGCCUCGCCUCUCAUCGACCGCUUGUCUGCUUGGUUCCAGUACCUUGGAGGUAGUUAUCUCCCCUGGUUGUAUGGG